AUGGUUUCUGAAAGAUGGCCAGCAUUGCUAACUGCUAUUCGAAGCACCCUGACUGUGGCUGAUUUAGUGAUUCUUAAGAGCAGAUACAGCACCUUUCUGGAUGACUGGAUUAGACAGGUCUUAGUGAAGGCCACUAUGUUCAGCUUAAAGAAAGGGCCUAGAGGACUUUUUGAGCAGUUGAACAGAUUUGCAGGCUUUGGUAUUGGCCUUGCAAGCCUAUUUACAGAAAAUGUGUUGGCACAUCCUUGCAUUGUUCUACGUCGCCAGUGUCAGGUUAACUAUCAUGCUCGGAAUUAUCAUCUCACUCCAUUUACUAUUGUGAAUAUUAUGUACAGUAUCAAUAAGACUCAGGGUCCAAGAGCUCUCUGGAAAGGAAUGGGCAGCACUUUCAUUGUUCAGGGCAUAACCCUGGGAACAGAAGGCAUCAUCAGUGAAUUUACACCUUUGCCAAGGGAGCUUUCACAUAAAUGGAACCUGAAGCAGAUAGGUGGACACCUUCUGCUUAAAGGUUUAACACAUGUGAUAGCAAUGCCUUUUUAUUCGGCCAGCCUGAUUGAAACUGUACAGAGCGAAAUAAUUCGAGAUAAUCCUGGCAUCUUGGAUUGCGUGAAAGAAGGAAUUGGCAGAGUUGUAGGCAUGGGAGUACCCCAUAGCAAGCGUCUCCUUCCUCUGAUGGUCUUGACUUUUCCAACUGCUCUACAUGGAGUUCUUCACUAUGUCAUCAGUUCUAUUGUCCAGAAGCUUGUUUUGUUUGUUCUGAAAAGGGAUAAUUCCCACAAUCUUCCAACUGAGAGCUCUUCUUCUGUGCAGAGCAUGCUGGAUGCAUAUUUUCCAGAACUUAUUGCUAGCUUUGCAGCUAGCCUUUGUGCUGAUGUCAUGCUCUACCCACUGGAGACCAUUUUACACCGCCUUCAUAUUCAAGGGACACGCACAAUAAUCGACAAUACAGACCUUGGCUAUGAAGUGCUUCCGAUCAACACUCAGUAUGAGGGAAUGAGAGACUGCAUAAAUACUAUAAAACGGGAAGAAGGAAUGCUAGGUUUUUAUAAGGGAUUUGGAGCUGUUAUAGUACAGUAUACCUUGCAUGUAGCACUUUUACAGCUUACCAAAGUCAUUUACUCCACACUGCUUCAAAAUGUUUCUUAGUCUCUUCAGGUGUGGAUUUAGCAUAGUGGACAUGAUUCACUUACUAACCUAAUUAUUGUUUAAAAUGGCUUAGAAAAUUAAGCUUGGAGAAUCCACUCCGUGAAUUCUCCUUACAGUGUAAAUGAACUUUAAAAAUGGGGAUAUUAGUUUCCUAAGUGUAAUUAAAAAGUACUGUAUACAUUUAUAAGUAUAGACACAAAAUGGAUAUAUAAUAUGUAGUCACACAGAAGGGGAUUGAAUUUCAAAUGUGGUUGGACUGAGGAUUACUUUUUCUCUUACCAGGUAACUGACUUAAGGAACGGGUAUGAAUUCUUAACUGCUUUACAAACAUCACAUUUGAUAUUUCAUUUGGGCUGUUAGUUCAAAG